UUUGCCCUCCAGGAAAAGGGAGGAGUGUGACCAAGGUAACAAACACCACUUUCAUUACAACGCUGUCUCCGGCAGCAGCAGCAGCUCUACACCUGUGAGGCUGUAGCUCAUGAGAGUUGUUGGAUUACAUGAGGAAGGAAAGAAAGUUCUCACACACAGACUUUUAAAGGACAGAAUAUGGACGAUGGAAAGUCACAGGAUGGAGAGGAGCCGAAGAGCCCAGAAGAGGAAGAGGAUAGUUUUGAUUGGCUUCUUGGGAGAGACAGCCCAGAGAUUGAACAUGCACCUAUGGAUACCAACUUCUUAAUGACCAAUGAAUAUACAAACACAGAUGGCACUGCCAGUAAAGUGUUCACCAGGGAGAGGGUCUUUGAAGCAGCAUCACAGAGGGAAGCUUCUCAACUCAGCGGCCUGCUGGACUACCUGAGAGACAACAACCAGCAGCUCACGAGUCCAGAGUUCACAGAUGAAAUAAACGGGAAAACUGCGCUCCUGAAAGCUUUGCUGAAUGUAAAGGAUGGAAAGAACGACACCAUCGAAGUCCUCGUCGAUAUAGCAGAGAAAACAGGAGAUCUGGAGGAUUUGAUCAAUGCGUCUUAUCAAGAUCCCUGUUACAAAGGUCAGACCGCUCUGCACGUCGCCAUCGAGAGGAGAAGCUUCGACCACGUGAAACUGCUGGUGGAGAAAGGAGCUGACGUUCAGGCCAAAGCCAACGGGAACUUCUUCCAGAGAAAAACAGGACUGGGCUUUUAUUUUGGUGAGCUUCCUCUGUCGCUGGCCGCCUGCACCAACCAGCCCGAUGUGGUGUCCUUCCUCAUGGAGAAUUCUCACAGGAGAGCAGACCUGACUGACCGAGACUCCCAGGGAAACACCGUCCUGCACACGCUGGUGGUCAUUGUAGAAAACACAGAGGAAAGCACGGAGAUGGUUUCACUGAUGUACGACCACAUUCUCAUCACGCACUGCAAACUGGAGAAGAAAAGUGACAUCCAGCUGGAGGAGAUUGAAAAUGAUAAAGGGUUUACUCCUCUGAAGUUGGCUGCAAAGCUUGGAAAGAAAGGGCUAUUCGAGCACAUGCUACACCGAGAGUUUAUAGAUGAGGAGAUGAGGCCGCUGUCCAGGAAGCUGACAGAGUGGGUCUAUGGACCUGUUCACUCCUCGCUGUAUGACAUGACUUCCAUUGAAACAGAUGAAGACAAGUCUGUGCUGGAGAUAGUCGUCUUUGGGAGUGAUGUUCCGAAUCGACCUGAGAUGCUGCAGAUCGAGCCUCUUCGCAGUCUCCUUCAGGACAAGUGGGACAGGUUUGCCUCCAAGUUAUUCUUGAUGAACUUCCUGAUGUAUCUGCUGUACCUGCUCAUCUUAACUGCUGUGGCGUUCUACAGGAAGAAAGGACAGCCUCCUUUUCCUGUUCAAAACCUCCCGCUGGAUCACCUCAGAUGUUUCGGUGAAGUCGUCAGUGUCGUGGGAGCGUUGUGGAUUUUCUUCAAAGCGCUGGCAUCUUUCAAGAGGAAGCCCCCGAGGUUCAAGGCUCUGUACAUGGAUGGAUUCAGUGACAUUCUCUUCUUCCUGCAGGCGUCGCUCCUUCUGAUCUGCACGGUUUUGUACUUUUGUGGGAAGAAAGAAUACGUGGGGAUCCUCGUGAUGUCGCUGGCUCUCGCCUGGAUCAACGUUCUUCACUACCUGAGAGGCUCAAAGCAGAUGGGGAUGUACAGUGUCAUGAUGCAGAGAAUGAUCCUGGUGGACCUGUUCCACUUUUUAUGCGUGUAUAGUGUCAUGCUGUUAGGAUUCUCAGCUGCUAUCGUCGCUCUCCAUGAGGAAACUCCUCGCAUGGUUAAGAAGCUGAUCAACGGUACGAUGGUAUUAGUGAAGGGGAAGCCACGCUGCAAGAAACCGUGUUACAACAACAUCCGAUUCACCAUACUGGAGAUGUUCAAGUUCACCAUCGGCAUGGGCGACCUGGGGUUCACAGACCGCGUGGAGUACAAGGAGGUUUUCUACAUCCUGCUCAUCCUGUACAUCGUUCUCACCUACAUCCUGCUGCUCAACAUGCUGAUCGCUCUGAUGGGCAGCACGGUGGAGAGGACCUCCAAGGAGAGUGAAAACAUCUGGAACCUGCAGAGAGCCGUCACGAUCUUGGACAUCGAGAGGACUCUGCCGAGGUGCUUCACCAACAAGCUUUACUCCGGGGUUUCAAAGAUGGUGUGUUUGGGGGGCGAUGAGGAUAAAAGCCGGAAAUUUUUCAGGGUGGAGGAAAUGAACUGGAAACAGUGGAAGUCAGAUCUCGGUGUUAUCCGGGAGGAGGAUCCUGGAGAGGAGAUGAUGAAGUCUGUGCCCAACAAAGAGCCUCUGAGGAAACGUUGGAAACUGAAUCCACUGCUGCAGAGGAUUCGUGCAAGACGGCAACCAUCACCUCUUUCCAGUAUUCCCUAAAUCCCUGCGACAUCGAGGUGUUUGGUUCCAACAUUAAGAUUCAGAUUUUAAUUGGAGACACUUUUUGUACUCAAACACUUUGAAACAUGAUGAAUGUAGUGAUUCAUCUCCCUUAUUAUUUAACAUAAGUCUUAAAUCUGUCCGGGUUUGUAAAGAAGCUCAUGCCUGUAAAUUAUAUUUUGUAACAAAGUGGUGAAUUGAUUUCUAAAUGAUCUAGAACAGUGUAUUUUGUAAAUUUGCUGCACAUGUACAUAUAAAAAAAGAC